AUGGCACCCGUCCUUACGGCCGAGAUCACUCGCCGAGAUCUUGAAGACCUUCCCACACAACCGUCAUACGUAGCGUCCAUCACCGACGUCAGGCACCUGUCGUCCUAUAAUUGGAUUGAGGCGCCCACGCCCACCAUCGCUGUCCCGGGCAGUCCAGCUCUGUGGUCCGCUCCAGGAGGACCUCGACAGCUGAAGAAGGACUCCGGCCUUAUCUACAUCGCUCAAAACGCAGCUCGCCAUCCGGACAGUCCCCUCGAACCUCUAUUUCGCGCGUUGCACAUUACGAAUCCUUCGUUCGACCUCAGAUCAAUAGAUGUUGUGACCGACCGGAACAAUAUCCGCAAGCUUCUCUCGUUUGUGAACCCAGGCUUAAGCAGCAACGGACUUGAACCAUUCACCAUCGGCAUCGAGGUCAUCAAAAACACUGCAAUAUUCUGUCGAGAGGAAACAAAGACCCACGAGUUCAUUGGACUGCAUGAAUUUAAGGGUUUCGGCCACGAAUUCGAAAAGGCAUACACCAAAAGCCGGGUCACUGGCGAUACUGGACAUCACAGAAUUAUUGCGUACCGCUUCGGAGAUUUGAACUUCAUUGUCCGCCACGAAACCGACGGAUACGUGGCCACAACGUUGCAGGCUUCCAGUAGCAAAGGGCCAGAAUAUGACGGUCUCUCUGGCAUGCUCGCGUCUUUGUCUCUAUCCCCGAACACCGGCCUUUCAGUCGCUACCAGUGCCGAAUCUAAGUUGAGAAUUCGCAAAGAAGGCGAGGUGGUACCACUCCAUUCAACCCUUGAAGUCAAAACUCGGGUCUUCCAUAAGCGUCUUGAGAUCCGAGACGUCGCACCGCAGCUCUGGGUGUCUCAGACUCCCAAGCUCGUGCGCGCCUACCACCGUAACGGUACAUUUCAAGAGCCGGAGGUGGAAGAUGUUGCGGACGCCAUCAGGAAGUGGGAGCAAGACAACCACGGGGAUUUGAGGAAAUUGGCCGCACUGAUCAACAAGAUCCUCAGUGUAGCAAAGGAACUCGGUGGAAGUAUGGUCAUGAGAUAUGAUACGAUGGGAGACAAAUUGGUAGUUUCCAAGGUCGCUGGGAAGAAGAUGUUACCAGACGACCUGUAUUCCAAAUGGGACGAUGCGUCAGUUGAGACGGCAGUGAGUAGACAGCCUCGGAUCCCUGAAACUUCGCUAACAAAGUACAGGCGAUACCUGGAGAGUCAUCAACAACUGCUGUCGAAGUCGCAGACAAGCACAGCGGAAUCAUCAAAGAAACGCGCCGACGUUCCCUUCUUCGAUGUCAUUACCUACAGCGUAGAGCACGGAUUCCGCCAUUUCUUUCGUCGCAUGCCAUGCCAACUGGCCGACUACCGUGUCUUGUGCAAUUCCCUCAACACCCUUGCUGUCGAUGUCGUCAAGCAGCAAAGGCUCCAAGACGUCGUGAGGGAACUGAAGACGAGAGACGACGAUUACGAUCCAUUAGAACGGAGGGCAAUUAAGGGCUCGAAAGCAGGCGCCCGAAAUGCGGCAUUCACAAUGCUCUAUCUAUUUCUCGUCGACGAGUCCCUAUCACCUGCUCGAGACGGUACUGUGGCGUACAAUGCGGUGCUCUACAUUGUAUCCCAUGGUCGAAAAUUCAAAUACAGGACUCGUAAGAUGGUUCGAGAGGCCUUCGAGGCGAGGUUUGUUGUGACACACAAACAGCGAAUGGGCUUGGACAAGUGGCCGAUCACCAGCUCACAACAGGACGGAGGGCAAGACACCGAGGGAACGACCGAAGAGGAGGCAGACGACUACUUGUGGGACUCUGACUGGUCUUGAGAAUACCAGGUCCAUGGUAGUUCAGAAGUUUCGGCUAUGAUGGCGAGUAUAUAAAUCACAGAAGCUCGUGAGAUCAGUUGCUGACAGACCUGCUCAGAAGUCUCAAACAGCCCUAUCAGAUCUGGCAAACCGCCAAGAUCCCCAUGCACAGCAAAAUUGCACCAAAGCCCGUCU